AUGUUGUUGUUUUGGUUGUUGCUGGUAAAUAAGUCCUGGCUGGAUAGUUAUACAAAACAUUUAUCAAACACUUACCCGUCGCCAGAUCUCCACUCAAGAGGUACCGAGACUUAUAUAUACUAUCAGGAACGGAAAAAUUAUACAUACCAGGCCUUAGACCACACACUAUUCAAGCUGUCUUCCCAAUAUCUUAUGAGUGCCUUUCGGCGCCUCUCCUUUGUGGGUGGCAGCAGUGAUGAUACAGAGGAAGAUCGAAGACAGAGCCCGCACCGUCAUCCUCACCUCCAUCGUCGCAAGAAGGAUUAUUCAGUUUCGCCAACUGGUGGAAACAGACCCGUUUCGAUAACUGCAGAUCCCCGGCUCCCCGCACCACCACCUUUGAGCGAAAAAUCAUCCAAGCUUGGGAGAAGCCACACAUCUAAACCUGAUCUCGGGGGGGAAGUUAGAAGGCACAAGUCGCGAUCGGAUAAAGAGUUGUCGUCCUCGUCGUCGCGGAAACAUAGAUCGAGGACCGAGAGUACUUCUAGAGCCGGUGGUGAAAAGGAAAGCAGAAGACAUAAAUCGCGAUCGGAGCUUUCAUCAACGGCACCGGCCAGGGAAAAUUCAUCGCGACAUUCGAAUUCACACUCUAGCUCGUCGCGAUCCGACAGCCCACCGCGGAAACAUUCGUCAAAGUCGAGGAAACAUCGAUCGGAAAGGUCCGAAACAUCUCCAGCAGAGCUUAGAGCGGCGGUGCUUUCCGCGCCAAUAGAAGUGCCGAUGCAGGGCCAAACGUCGGAACCACUUCAGAUGCCCGAGCCAUUUCAAACAUCCCAGCAAUACCCAUUGCCCGAUUCUUUGCAAAUCAUAGAUAUGUCAAAAACAUUAUCGAAUUCCCCACCAUCUUCCGGUUCUUCAAUGGGAAUCAUCAUUGGUGGGAAUCGGAAUAGAAGUGGUAGUACUCCAAGUACGCCAAUGAUCACUGCUACACCACCAACACCCUCUCCGUUUGAGCAAGCUCGCCGUUCAAACACACAUCCUAGUUUUUCAACGCCUGCGCCCCCAGGCUUCUCGCGCACUGGCUCGAUACCCCCGCCAUAUCCACAAACCCCUCCAACUUCUGGUGGUGAAAUGAGCGGCCAAGAUUAUAUCGACUAUGCGGUAUCAAAAAUCGGUAUUGAUUGGGAGCACGGCGGGGGCGUGAAUAUAAAUGCGAAUGGGAAUGGAUCCCAACAUCAACGUGGGCAUGGUAGCGGGCAUGGAAGUGGACACGGCGAGAUCCAUGUGAAAAUUAAGCGGCACUCUGCAACAAGUGGUACUUUAUCCCGAAGGGGUCUUGGUAGAAAUAGUGUGCGUGAAAAUCAAUACGACUUUCUGCGAUCCUUCGAUACUGUCUUUAUAAUUGAUGAUUCUGCCUCCAUGGAGGCCUUCACCCGCUGGUCUGAUACUCGGAUCGCCCUCGAAACCAUCGCGACCAUUGCCACAAAGUAUGAUACUGAUGGUAUCGAUAUACAUUUUCUUAACUCAACAAAGUACGAUGCACGGAAUGUCAAAUCCGCCGCGGAGGUGCACCGAUUAUUCGAUCGUGUCCAACCUGGCGGAAUCACUCCUAUCGCUGCGUGUCUAGACCGCAUUCUAAGGGAUUAUCUGGACUCAUACGCCGCUGUCCGGACAAGUGCUCCUGGAUCACCACCUAUGACGCCCCUUUCUCCGGGGUUCAAUACUGCUCAGUAUCCCAAGCCACUCAAUAUCAUCAUUCUGACUGACGGCGAGCCAACGGAUGAUCCAGAAAGUGUAAUUGUUGAUGCCGCUAGGAGACUCGAUAUGCUUAACGCGCCUUUGCACCAGGUUGGGAUUCAAUUCUUCCAGAUUGGUGACGAGGAGGGUGCUCGGGAGGCGCUAGAGGAUCUAGAUGAUGCAUUAGCAGAAAUAUAUGGCAUCAGGGAUAUGGUUGAUUAUACGCCUUAUCCGGAUGGCCAAAAAGAAGGGGAAGGUAGAGAGGGAGGUGGUGUCGACGGAGAGUGGAUACUAAAAGUUUUAUUGGGAGCAGUCAACAGGAGGUUAGAUCGAUGGGAGAACAAGCAUGGGAGGUAG